UUCAAAAUGAACAUUACCAUGAUUUGCCUUUCACUGCUACCACUCCAUGCAUGUGCAAUGGGAAAUAUUGCCUUCACUGGCUACAGGAGCUACAAUUCGACACUGACGGGGAAUUCUUUGAUGUUAACCACUGGACCAUCGGUCGUCCGAUGCCUGACGCUGUGUGCUGGCUAUCAACACACGUCAAGCACUGAUUGUUACGCGGCUCGGUACAACGGGGCUACAGGCGAUUGUGAAAUCAUGUCACACGGCAGCACGGACGAGGUGAACUGGCUGGCCGACAACCAAUGGAAGGUGUUCGUGCGCCAGUGUGAGGCGGGUUGGACCAUGUUUGAUGUUUCGUGUUAUCAGCUGUUCAGCAUCAAUACAACAUGGGACGAUGCAAGGAGUGCAUGCGAGCAGGUUAACGCUUCGCUUGCUUCGAUAACGAGUAAGGAGGAAGAUAACUUCAUCAACGCAUUCAUUGAUGGAACAAGUGAUACAAUCUGGGUAGGAGGUACCGACCGACAGGUGGAGGGAAGAUGGAAAUGGGUGUCGGGUGAUGAAUGGAUCUAUGAGAAUUUUGUGAGUGAAGGCAACGGAGAUACCCUUGGAAUAAGACAUAACCAGGGAUGGAUCGACGAAAUCGGCCGUAACCCAUAUUUCUAUUUAUGUGAAAGGUUGAUGUCUGUGAUUGUGCUAUAG